GCUAGGACGGUUGCCUGGUUUAGGAGGCAGCCCGGGAACGCCCCUAGCAACCUAGAGCUUGGAGGGUUUGGGGGAGCGCCCCCGUAGAAGUCCGAGGAGACAGGCGCUAGGUUAGAAGUACCUCACAAGAACUGUUUCCCUAGGUGGGGCUCCAGACAGCCGUCCUGCCGGGGGAGCCCGACCGAAGUCGCGCAGCCGGUCAAGCGGCCCCCGAGCCCCUGACCUCAGCCAGGCCCAGCUUUCCAGUCCCCGGAGCCAGACUGGAGGGGGUCGUGGAGAGCCGAGAAAAGUAGGAUGGCUGACUUGCUUUUCUGUGAGCCAACAGAACUCUAUAACAUCUUGAAUCAGGUCUCCAAGCUGUCCAGAUUAGCUGAACCCAACUACCUCUGUUUACUGGACGUUCGGUCCAAAAGGCAGUAUGACGAGAGCCACGUGAUCACUGCCCUUAGAGUGAAGAAGAAAGAUAAUCAGUACCUCAUCCCGGAGUCCGUGGAUCUGGACUGUGUGAGAUACUGCAUCGUGUACGACAGCAACACAAGUUCCUUGGAGCUGCGCAUACGGCGGCAUGAGGAGGGGGAGGAGGAAGAAGAAAGAGAGGUCGAGGAUGAUGAGACUGAACUCUUACCUGGACCUGCUGUAGAAUUUGGACAGAUGCUCACCAACUUUACCCGGCAACCUGUCUAUGUCCUCAGAGGGGGCUACGAAUGCUUCUCUGGCCUAUACCACUUCUUCCGGACCCAGAAGAUCAUCUGGAUGCCCCAGGAACUGGAUGCCUUCCAGCCAUACCCAGUUGAGAUAAUUCCAGGCAAAGUCUUCCUGGGCAAAUUAAGUCAAGCUUGCAACCCUAGGAUUCACAAGGAUUUGAAAAUUAAAGUGCAUGUCAAUAUUUCCAUGGAGUCAACACCCUUUUUUGCAGGCGAUGAAGACAAACUCUUGCAUAUCAAGAUCGAGGAUUCUUCAGAUUCCAACCUUUUCAUCUUUUUCCGCCACAUCUGUCACUUCAUGGAACUUCACCUCCGGCUCCGCUCUGUCAUCCUGGUCUUUUCCACCCAGGGCAUCAGCCGCAGCAGUGCUGCUGUUGUGGCCUUCCUCAUGCAUUAUAAUGAGGAGACCUUGAAGAGGUCCUGGGCCCGCGUAAAGAAGUGCAAAAACAACAUGCGCCCAAAUCGGGGCUUGGUGGCUCAGCUGCUGGCUUGGGAGAAAGUUAUCUUUGGGGAAUGUAUCACAGACAUCUCCAAUCCUAUCUACUGACCUUCACUUGUGGCCCAGCCAUGGUCGAUGAGGAGCCUUGUUUGGGACUUUUGGGUGUUGGAGGGCUCGGGUACACACUUGGAGUGGUCCAGAAAAAGAGCCUUGCUGCCUGGAGUUUCAUGUUUGUAUCCUAAGACUGGUUCUUUUGUUUGUUUGUUUGUUUUUCCCCCAUACUAGAGAUUGAACCUAAAACAGUGGUUCUCAGCCUUCCUAACAUCAUGACUCAUGUCGUGGUGACCCCCUAUUAAAUAUGAAAAAUAAGAUGCCAGGCAACAGGUAUAAUAUGAGGAAGCUUAUUGUAGAAGCGUGGGAGAGAAGGAAAGGAGAAGGGGGCACCCCAGAAAGAGAGAGAGA